GGCGGGGAAAGCUGAGCGCGCGGGCCCCACUCGGGGCCGCCUCCCGAGCCGUAAGUACCGGCAUGGCGACGCCUCCGCCCGGCCUGGGCGAGUCCUGGGCGAGUCCUGGGCGCUCCGCCGGGAAGCUCACGGCGCCCCGCAUGGCCGGGGGGUCCUGAGAGGGCCUGUGCCCCGCCUUGCCUGGUCUCCCUCUCACCCCUGAAGGGAUGCCGCAGCUCCGGGGCCCGCGGGCAGGAAGGGCGCACUGGUCGGCCCGGGAGAGGGGUCUGAGCAGAGGGCAGGGUGCAGGCGGAAUGGCCCUGGUGCCCUAUGAGGAGACCACGGAAUUGGGGCUGCAGAAAUUCCACAAGCCUCUUGCAACCUUUUCCUUUGCAAACCACACGAUCCAGAUCCGGCAGGACUGGAGACACCUGGGAGUCGCAGCGGUGGUUUGGGAUGCGGCCAUCGUUCUUUCCACGUAUCUGGAGAUGGGAGCUGUGGAGCUCAGGGGCCGCUCUGCCGUGGAGCUGGGUGCUGGCACGGGGCUGGUGGGCAUAGUGGCUGCCUUGCUGGGUGCUCAUGUGACUAUCACGGAUCGAAAAGUAGCAUUAGAAUUUCUUAAAUCAAACGUUCAAGCCAACUUACCUCCUCAUAUCCAACCCAAAACUGUUGUUAAGGAGCUGACUUGGGGACAGAAUUUGGGGAGUUUUUCUCCUGGAGAAUUUGACCUGAUACUUGGAGCUGAUAUCAUAUAUUUAGAAGAAACAUUCACAGAUCUUCUUCAAACACUGGAACAUCUCUGUAGCAAUCACUCCGUGAUUCUUUUAGCAUGCCGAAUUCGCUAUGAACGGGAUAACAACUUCUUAGCAAUGCUGGAGAGGCAAUUUACUGUGAGAAAGGUUCACUAUGAUCCUGAAAAAGAUGUACAUAUUUACGAAGCACAGAAGAGAAACCAGAAGGAGGACUUAUAAUUGGCUAUAAUUUAUAAGAAUGCUGUCAUUGAGUGUGUCACUUAAGGUCUUAGACUGCAAAUCUAAACAUAUUUAAUGAAAUGUCUUACUGUACAAAAAGUCUAAAGCAAAGGCUCUCAGGGGAGAAAGCACAUGUGCAGUUUUAAAACAAAGCAGUGCUUUGUCCCAUUGCUAUGAGUUUUAGUCAUAUUUACUCACACUGAAAUCCAAUUAACAUUAAAGGAUUAAGAGUGAGAUUUUGGUUUAUGCUAUUUCUGUAUCUCAUACUACUCCCUCUUAAUAAAGUUUCCACUGAUGA